CUUUUCCCGCGGCGCCGAGGCAGGCAGGAUGAAGCUCAACAUCUCUUUUCCGGCUACUGGCUGCCAGAAGCUCAUUGAAGUAGACGAUGAGCGUAAGCUCAGGACAUUUUAUGAAAAACGGAUGGCCACGGAGGUGCUGGCUGAUUCCCUUGGUGAGGAGUGGAAGGGCUAUGUUGUGCGGAUAAGCGGUGGCAAUGACAAGCAAGGCUUCCCCAUGAAGCAGGGUGUCCUGACCCACGGACGUGUCCGCCUUCUGCUCAGCAAGGGCCAUUCCUGCUAUCGCCCCAGGAGAACUGGCGAGAGAAAGCGCAAGUCUGUCCGUGGCUGCAUUGUUGAUGCAAACUUGAGUGUCCUGAACUUGGUCAUAGUGAAAAAAGGUGAGAAAGACAUUCCUGGGCUGACUGACACAACUGUGCCCCGUCGUCUUGGUCCCAAGAGGGCCAGCAGGAUCCGCAAGCUGUUCAACCUCUCCAAGGAAGAUGACGUUCGCCAGUAUGUUGUGAGGAAGCCUCUGAAUAAGGAGGGCAAGAAGCCCAGAACGAAAGCUCCCAAGAUCCAACGACUGGUGACUCCCAGAGUGCUGCAGCAUAAGCGCAGGCGUAUUGCCCUGAAGAAGCAGCGCACUCAGAAGAACAAGGAGGAAGCUGCAGAGUAUGCGAAGCUGUUGGCCAAGAGAAUGAAGGAAGCCAAGGAGAAACGCCAGGAGCAGAUUGCCAAGAGGCGCCGGCUUUCUUCUUUGAGAGCUUCUACAUCCAAGUCCGAAUCAAGUCAGAAGUAAAGAUGUUGUGUACAAUACUUAAAAGAUGUUGUACAUUUGAUUACCAAUAAACUCCUUUGGUGGCUAACUUCAG